AUGUCGACCGCUAAGCCCACAUUCGUUCUCGCGCCUGGUGCGUGGCACAAGGAAACCUGCUACUCUCCAGCUCAGCAGAUGCUCGAAUCGCAAGGCUAUCCCGUUGAGGCUGUUGCAUACCCCUCCGUUGGCGCUGAGCCCCCGACCAAGGGCUUGAACGAUGAUGCCGCUGCUGUCAGAUCAGUUCUUCAGAAACUUGCCGAUGAAGGCAAGGAGAUUGUUCUUGUGGUGCACUCGUACGGUGGUCUGGUUGGUGCCAACGCCGUGAAGGGUCUCGGCUACAAGCAGCGCGCCAAAGAGGGCAAGAAGGGCGGUGUCAUCACUUUCGUUUACCUGAGUGCCUUUGUGGUGCCUGUUGGCAAAUGCAUCAGAGAAAUGCUUGGCGGUCAAUUCCUGCCCUGGAUGAAGUUUGAGGGCAACUAUGUCUACGCGAUUACACCGGAAGAGAUCUUUUACCACGAUGUUGAACCUGAUGCUCGUAAAAAGGCUAUCGAGGAACUGCAGCACCAGUCGGCUCCCGUUUUCGACGACGUUGUCACCUACGAACCAUGGCACGACAUUGACUCUAUGUUCUUUUUCUGCGAUGAGGACAAGGCGAUCCCUCUCGCCAUCCAGCAGCACAUGGCCGGUCUCCUCGGGCCCAAUGCCAUUACCUACUCGUCCAAGGCUUCUCACUCUCCUUUCCUCUCCAAGCCUGAGGACGUUGCGGAGGGUCUUGUACUUGCUGCCAAGGUUGGCCAAGAGAGAGUUAGAGCGUAA